AUGUCUGCUCUCAAGGCCGGUGAUUCUUUCCCCGAGGGUGUUACCUUCACUUACGUCGCUCCCAGCGGCGACACCGACCUCACCGUCUGCGGUCUUCCCAUCCAGUACGAUGCCAGUAAGGAGUUCGCCAACAAGAAGGUCGUCCUCGUCGCCGUCCCCGGUGCCUUCACCCCCACCUGCCAGCAGCAGCACGUCCCCUCUUACCUCGGCAAGCUCGAGGAGUUCAAGGCCAACGGUGUCGACCAGAUCAUCUUCAUUGCCAGCAACGAUGCGUGGGUGAUGGCCGCCUGGGGCAAGGCCAACGGUGUCAAGGAUGAGUCUAUUCUCUUCAUGUCCGACGCCGACUGCAAGUUCAGCAAGUCCAUCGGCUGGACCCAGGGUGACCGCACCAAGCGUUAUGCCAUUGUCAUUGACCACGGCAAGGUUACCUACGCCGAGUUGGAUGAGGUGCCUAAGAGCAUUGCCAACACUGGUGCCGAGGGUGUCCUGGCUAAGCUCUAA